ACGUCGCGGACAGAGGGACCAGCGUGGGCAAAGCCUUGGGAGGCCACCCAGACGGAGUGUUCGGGAGGCCUGGGGCCGUUGGUGUGUGAAAGGGUGAGAGCGUGAGGGGCGUUACACCCGCAGUGCCAGCCCGAGCCGUUCUUCCGUCGUUGUGAGCCUGCCGCGAGCCGGGGAAGGUUCUAAACGGGGGAAGGACGCGAUCCGACGGCUUUAGAGGUAUUUCUUAGACUGCUUACGGAACGCGCGAACCAGGUUAGGAGGUUAGGCGAUGAUGAGGCCGGUGAGGACAGAGGGACCUAGGAGGUCCCGAUGAACUCAGGAGUAACUAUGGACCCUGUACAGGGACAAGUGAACUUUGAAGAUGUGGCCGUGUACUUCUCCCAGGAGGAGUGGGGGCUCCUUGAUGAGGCUCAGAGGCUCCUGUACCGUGAUGUGAUGCUGGAGAACUUGGCACUGAUGGCCUCACUGGGAUAUGAAUCUUCCAUGUCCCAUGGGGUUGCCUCACUGGAGCUGGGCAGCAAGCUCUGGCGAUCUGACUGGGCAGAUGUUACUCCAGGCAGGACUAGAGAGGCUCAGGGUCGUUGGCAUGGAAUGGAGGAUGAGGAGAUAGCUUUUGAGCAGAACAUUUCUGUGGGAGUGUCACAGGUCAGGACUCCCAAGGCAGGUCCUUCUACCCAGGAGGCCCACCCCUGUGAGACUUGUGGCCUGGUCUUGAAAGACAUUUUGCACAUGGCUGAGUACCAGGGAACACACCCUAGGCAGAAAUCAUACAUGUGUGGGGCAUGUGGGAAACAAUUCUACUUCAGUGCAAAUCUUUACCACGAGAAGCAGCACAGUGGAGAGGAACCCUUCAGAGGGGACAAGAGCGGCACCUUGCUUGUGAACAGCUGCCCUGUGGAACCAUUGGAGAUGCCUUUUACGACAGGGAAGGGUUAUAAGGACUUCCCAGCUAGUUCAAGCAUUUUCCAGCACCAUGCCCCUCAGAGUAAGUGGAAGCCUAACAGUAACACCAAACGUGUGGAUGCUUUCCACAGUGGACAAAGGCAUUACGAAUGCAGUGAAUGUGGGAAAGCCUUCAGCCGGAAAGACUCACUUGUCCAGCACCAGAGAGUCCACACUGGAGAAAGGCCUUAUGAGUGCAGCGAAUGUGGGAAAACCUUCAGCCGCAAACCCAUACUUGCUCAGCACCAGAGAAUCCACACUGGAGAAAUGCCAUACGAGUGUGGCAUAUGUGGGAAAGUUUUCAAUCAUAGCUCCAACCUUAUUGUACACCAGAGAGUCCACACUGGAGCAAGGCCUUACAAGUGCAGUGAAUGUGGGAAAGCCUAUAGCCACAAAUCCACACUUGUUCAGCAUGAGAGUAUCCAUACUGGAGAAAGGCCUUAUGAGUGCAGUGAAUGUGGGAAAUACUUUGGUCACAAAUACAGACUCAUUAAACACUGGAGUGUUCAUACUGGAGCAAGGCCCUACGAGUGCAUUGCAUGUGGGAAGUUCUUUAGCCAGAGCUCUGACCUUAUUGCACACCAGAGAGUUCACAAUGGUGAAAAGCCCUAUGUGUGCAGUGACUGUGGAAAAGCCUUUAGCCACAAACAUGUACUUGUUCAGCACCAUAGAAUUCACACUGGAGAAAGGCCAUAUAAGUGCAGUGAGUGUGGCAAGGCCUUCAGGCAAAGAGCUUCCCUCAUCCGACAUUGGAAAGUUCACACUGGAGAAAGGCCUUAGGAUGGCAGGGAAUACACCAUAUCCUUGUUCAACGUAGUGACUGACAGCAGAGAGAAGCUCUGACAUUAGCCUUCAUGAGUAGCCAUCAGCUGGAAGUUGAACCUCAUAUGUUUCAACGUCCGCCCCCGGAGAUUAUUCUGUCACCUAUGUGGGAAGCUUUCUGGUGCUGUGUUGCACUUUGUAACCUGUCCAGGAGCCUUGCCAGAAUUCUGUCACUGCCCAUGUCUCUAAAAAAACGAACAAAAACCAGCCAUGUAUGGAAUGGCACCUUGUGCAUAAGUCAUCCCAACAUGUUCUAAUAGGCAGACCUCUGCUCCUCCCUUCCCUAGAGGGAUCAUCAGUACCUGGAAGCCAUUAAAAAUCCUCACUCCUUCAUGCUUUCUCCCCCACCAGCUGGUAUAAGCAUGGACAUGACCUAGUGUUGGUCAGAAGGUUGGAAGCUUUGUUCUGCUGGCUGCUUGCAGAGAAGGUUUCCAUUUUUCAUGGACUUUGCUGGUCUCAUUUUGCACUCAUGAUGGAUUUGUCCAGCCUCCAAGUCACCUACCUUAGGAAUUGCCCAUCUCAUAGUGUUUGUUUUGGCAACAAAUGCCUUAGUUUUUAAACUAUAAUUUUGGGGAUUCUGUUCACUCUGUGGGUUGUAUUGAGAACAGAAUUGGGUUCUGCCAGCAUGAGGGGAGGAACAGCUUUUGUGAGAGCUCCAAAUGUUGUGUCCCAGUGGUGUUAGCAGAAUGGCAAGCAAAGAGCAGCUCUCAUUUUAGCCUAACUUGCAUCACAGCUCAAGACCGCCUAUGAAAGAAUACUGAUCUUGGUGGGCCUAAUCUUUUGGCCUGUAUGCCAGGAUUAUUUGUGUGAUCAAGGUCACCCUGAGCAGUGGGCCGUUGUGACAGCCUCUAGUGUAUCUAGGAGCAGUAUGAAUUGGUUCCCUUGUUCCAGAGGGAUGUUUCAUAGUCCCAUAGUGUCUCUCUCUCUCUCUCUUUCUCUUUUUUAAAAGAUUUAUUUAUUUGACAGAGACAC